AUGGCCCUCCUAUGCUUUGUGCUUCAACCGGGGGUCAAAUCUGUCUCGCAAGUCGUUCUUUGGACUCGUGGCGCUGUUGAUGUCAUUGGGCUGAAGGAUUGGUUAAAGCGCAGUAAAACGUGGCGACUGCGGCUGUCAAAGCAAGUAGAUUCUACCGGGAAUUAA